AUGGAUAUGAACCACUUAAUAGGUCAGCGUUUCAACCUGAUCUCUAAGAGUGACAUUCGAUAUGUCGGCACACUUCAUGAAAUUAACCCAGAGGCAUCCACAAUUGCGUUGGAAAAUGUCAUGUCCCAUGGAACUGAGGGUCGUCGAGGAGACGGAACUGAUGUUCCUCCCUCUAACAGCGUUUACGAAUACAUCGUAUUCCGAGGCAGCGACGUGAAGGAUAUUAGCGUCGCAGAUGAGGAGAAGAAGGAGAACACACAGCCUGAACCUCCUCGGGUUCCUGACGACCCCGCCAUCUUAGGAAACAUGCCCCGACCGGGUCCUCCACCUGGCCAAGAACCAGGACCUGCUCCUGGCCUCCAAGGGCCUCCACAGCCACACAGCCAGCAAGGACCUCCCGGGUAUCCUCAACAGCCUCCAUUCCAGAGCGGUCCCUACCCUCCAUAUGGUCAGCGUUUUGGUCCUCCCCCUCCUUUCCCCCCUGGCCCUGGCUUCCCACCUUAUGGUGCUCCUCCGGGUGCCCCACCCGGAUGGUUCCCACCUCCCGGACAUGGCUUCCCCCAGGGACCAGGACAGUUCCCUCCCAACAUGCCUAUGGGACCCCACGGUCAGCAGCUCCCUCCUCAGCAGCGCCCAGGUCCUCCCGGAGUGCCACCUCACCCUACCUCAGAGCUUCCUGUCGGCGAUAAAGUCCCAAGCAAGCCAGCCACCCCAGCUGCCCAGAAUGCCCCCACUCCUCCAAUUGAGUCCAAGCCUUCUGUAGCUGAAGCGGUUCAGGGAUUGGGUGGCCCAACUGCCAUUCCCCAGAAGAGUGGCCGGGUUGUCCCCGCAAUUCCCAUCGCGGCCCCCAAGUCUGCUGCUCCAGCUGGUGGUGCACAUGGCAACGCCUCUAUUACGGAUGCCACAGCCGCUGCAACAGCUGCCGUCGCUGCCGCGAUGGCUAAGCUUCCUCAGCCAGGUGUAUUGAAUAAGCCUGGUCAGGGUGACGUUAAUGUUGAUGGUCUUGCGCGCAGAAUGAAUGACAUGCGCCCAUACGAUGGUACUCGUGCCCCACGGGGUGGUCAUCAGCACCCCCGUGGUGGUCGUGGCGGUGUCCGCAACCAGCAGCACAAGAAGAUUGAAGUCCCAACCUCCGACUAUGAUUUUGAAACUGCCAAUGCCAAGUUCAACAAGCAAGAUUUAGUGAAAGAGGCCAUCGCUACUGGAUCUCCAGCUGCCGAGGCUGAGUCACAGGCUAGUGCUGAGCUGGAAGUUCUUGAAGUUCCCCCCAAUGGCACUACUUCAGGUAACGGGCCGUACAAUCGAACCGCGUCCUUCUUCGAUAAUAUUUCCAGCGAGGCUCGUGAUCGCGAGGACAACUCCCUCACCCGUCCCGGUGGCCGCGAGUGGCGUGGCGAAGAGGAAAAGCGAAACAUCGAGACCUUCGGUCAAGGUAGCGUUGAUGGUUAUCGCGGCCGGGGCAGAGGCCGCGGUCUCAACCUUCCACAAUCUUCUGUUUUGUCUUGA